UCCCUCUAAUUGUAUUUCCCUUCUUUACUACACGAAUUCGUCUUUCUUUCCACACGCCUAUAUUAAAAACAACUCCUUCCUACUCAUCCCCUAUAUAAACACGUUUUCUCUACUCCAUAACUCCCACCCAACACAAAACAAACCCUCAAAAAAUUUCUUAUCCAAAACCCUCUCUCCUCUCUUCUCUCUAAAAAUUUCAAAACUCAAAUUUGCACUAAAAGAUGGUCGAUUUCGAUUGCAAGACAAAGAUGGUUCAAUCAACCCCAAAUCUAUCCAGAAAAUCCCCCAUAAUCUCACGCAAUAAGUCAAUUCCUUCAAUUUCACCUGUACCAAUUUUCGCCGGAGAAUUAUCUCCGGCAUCGGAACCGUCAUGUAUAGCUUACGAGACAUACCUUAAACUACCUCAACUUCGUCAACUAUGGAGUUCUAAAGAAUUUCCUUGUUGGGAAAACGAGUCAAUAAUUAAACCGGCUUUACAAGCUUUAGAAAUCACUUUCCGGUUUAUUUCACUCGUAUUAUCCGAUGCUAGACCGUACGUGAACCGGCGAGAAUGGAACCGGAGAUUAGAAUCAUUAACGAGAAAUCAAGUGGAGAUAAUCUCACUUUUGUGUGAAGAUGAUGAUACACGUGGCGCAUCUCCGAUCGUUGAUUUGAGUUCAUCGUUCGGUGAGGUGAUUCCACAAACAGGAAGUUCAGCGGAAGUUUGGAAGCUUGCAAAUGGGGCACACGGUACUACCGUGGUGUGCCGUACCAGUGAAUUUAGUCUCUUACCACGACUUGCCACGUGGCAUACAUCGGAAGAAAUUUCUUCUAGAAUAUUUUAUUCUAUUGAAUCUUCCAUGAGAAGGUGUCCGUAUACUUUGGGCCUGGGCGAGCCCAACUUAGACGGAAAGCCCAAUUUGGAUUACGACGCCGUUUGUCAUCCGUCUGAUCUCCACGCGCUUAAAAAGAGCGCGUUGGAUUAUAUCCAAAAUCCCGAAAAUCAAAUUUUAUUUACAAUUCAUCAGGUUUUCGAAUCAUGGGUAUUUUCAUCAAAACAAUUGUUAACCAGAAUUGGAGAUAGAAUCAGCAAAGAAGAAUUCGCUAAAGCAGCAGAUGAUUGUUGGAUAUUGGAAAGAAACUGGAAGCUUCUAGAAGAAAUUGAGAAUCUUCAUCUACUUAUGGAUGUUGAUGAUUUCUUGCAUUUGAAAACACAAUUGAGGAUGAGAACGACGUCGGAUUCUGAAACAUUUUGUUUCAGAUCAAAAGGAUUAAUUGAGAUUACGAAAUUAAGCAAAGAUCUAAGGCAUAAAGUUCCAGAAAUUCUAGGCGUUGAAGUGGAUCCAAUGGGAGGUCCGAUAAUUCAAGAGUCUGCAAUGGAGUUGUAUAGAGAGAAAAGAAGCUUCGAGAAGAUUCAUCUGUUACAAGCUUUCCAAGGGGUGGAAUCUGCUGUGAAAGGGUUUUAUUUUAAUUUUAAGCAGUUGUUGAUGAUCAUGAUGGGAAGUUUAGAAGCUAAGGCUAAUUUUGCUGUCGUGGGUGGUUCUGAACCGUCUGAUUUGUUGAGUCAGAUCUUUUUGGAACCUACGUAUUAUCCCAGCUUAGAUGGUGCGAAAACUUUUAUUGGUGAUUCUUGGGAGCAUGAUCAAACGGCUAUAAUUCAAUCUGGUAAACAGUGAUGUGCUUGAAAUCGGGCCUGGGCCUGGGCCUGGGAUUGGGAUUGGGAUUGGGAUUGGGAUUGGGCUGGACGAGAAUAAAGGUGUGGAAUGGGGAUCCGACAAGGGAGUUGGGGAGAACGUGGGGCGGAAAGUUGGGUGGUGGUGUUGACGGUGAGACAUGGGAUAUACUUCAAUUAAUUACAGCAUGUGAUAUGAUUAUUGAUUAAUGGAAUACUCUUAUUGCUUUGUGUAAAUAAGUAAUUUUUUGGAUUAAAUUUACUUGUAAUCUUCUACUAGUAAAAAAAGAUCCUUCUAUCAAAUGAGUAUAACAUGAUUUUUUUUUGUUGUA